AUGACAACCGCUCAUCCACCUACAGUUUCGUCUAUUCCGUCUCUACAUGCGUUCGAUCCUCAUACAAUUACAUGGCAAUCUUAUCGGGACAAAAUAAGCUUCUAUUUCCAUGCCAAUCGCAUCACAACGGAUAAUGAUAAAAAAGCAUUAUUCUUAUGGUCUGUUGGAGAUCGAACGUAUCAAUUGCUGGAAUCAUUGAUUUCACCACGUACAUUAACUGAUGCUGAGAUAACGUUCAUGGAAUUAAUCAAGUUGUUGGAUAGUCAUUAUGAUAUAUCAAAAAACAUAAUGACCUCUACUUUUGAUUUUUACUCAUGCCAUCAAAAACCAGGCCAAACAUUCAUCGAAUGGAAGGCAGAACUUUGUGAAAAGUUAAGAUACUGUGGCUUCACAUCGUCGGUCUUGGCAACUAAACCCCAGGAACGUUCCCUGAGAGAUAUAUAUGUCAUGGGUAUCAACAGUCAAAAGAUCCGUCAGGCACUGCUAAAAGAACAAGAUCCGGAUUUGGAAACAACCGAGAGAAUCAUUCAGCGAGCUGAACGACUAGAAGAAGAUGUACGACAUUUUAAUACAUCGAUAAAUAAGAACGAUGUCAUUGUGGCCAAAGUUCAUGGUAAUCAACCUAAACGACAACAACCACAACGACAACGAGAUAAUCAACCAUCUGCGAGUAAUCAUAAACCAUGUGAUGGUUGUGGAGGGACAAAUCAUAGUCGAUCAAAGUGUAAGUACCGUGAAUUCAUAUGUAACGGGUGUAAGAAGAAAGGACACCUGGAGCGUGUAUGUCGACGUCGUAAGGAAACAACAUCGACAAAUUCUAUAUCAACUAUUUACAAGUUGAAUUCUACGAAUUCGAAUGUAAAAUCGGAUUUGCAUUCACUGUCAAUUCCAUUACAUAUAAAUGGCUAUGAUCAUUUAUUUCAACUGGAUACUGGAACAUGGAAUACAAUUAUUGGUAUAAAUGAUUGGCGUAAAUUGGGUUCACCGUCGAUGAAUUCGUCGAAAUGGAAAUUACAAUGCUAUAAUGGUUCAAUUCUUACGACCAGAGGUGAAUGUUUAGUUACUGUCAGGUAUGACAAGCAAACAUACCAAUUGCCAAUAAUCGUGGUUGAUGAUGCAAGUUCAUCGUUACUUGGACUUCAAUGGAUCUAUCACAUGCAACUGGAUCUCAACCAUAUCCUAUAUGGUACAAAGCAUCAAACCAUGGUUCAUAAGAUUUAUGAUGAUUCAAAUCUUCAAUCAAUAUUGAAGAAACAUACAAAUGUUUUGAAUUCUGAACUUGGACAUUGUACCAAAGUCCAAGCUCAUAUCCAGCUGAAAGCAGAUGCUACACCGAAGUUUUUUAAGUCACGAUCAUUGCCUUUUGCAUAUCUUGAAGGUAUCAAAGAGGAGAUCGAGCGUAAUGUUAAUGCUGGUAUUAUACAACGUGUGGAUACGUCAGCUUGGGCAGCACCAAUCGUACCAGUGAAGGAACCUAAUGGAAAAAUUCGGAUUUGUGGCGAUUUUAAAGUAACUGUGAAUUCGCAAAUAUGGAUUGACCAACAUCCAAUUCCAUCGAUUGAUGAGCUAUUUACGCGUCUCAAUAAUGGAAUCAAGUUCAGUAAAUUGGAUUUGUCAGAUGCAUAUUUACAAAUAGAAUUGGAUGAACCAAGUAAACAGUUAUUGGUUAUAAAUACUCCAUUAGGUUUGUUUCGAUAUAAUCGCCUACCAUUUGGCAUUGCUAGCGCACCGGCAAUCUUCCAGAGAGUCAUUGAUCAAGUUAUUGCUGGUAUACCAAACACUGUAGCGUACUUGGAUGAUAUUUUGAUAACUGGUAGAACUGAAGAUGAACAUCUUCGAACACUAGAUAUGGUACUAUCAAAGCUAGCAGAAUUUGGCUUCACUUGUAAUCCGGAUAAAUGUGCAUUCUUACAGAAUGAAGUAUCGUAUUUGGGAUACAUCAUUGAUAAAAACGGUAAACGUCCAGAUGCAACCCGAGUAGAAGCAAUAACAAAAAUGCCACCACCGACGAACUUGAAAGAACUGGAAGCAUUCAUUGGUAAAGUGAAUUACUAUGGUAGUUUCAUUUCGAAUUUUUCUACCAAAUCUCAAGUACUAAAUCGUUUACGACAAGCAAAUGUUUCGUGGGAUUGGAACCGUGAAUGUCAAUCAGCGUUCACUCAGUUGCUACAAGAAAUUGCCAAUGCUACAACGUUGGUACAUUUCGAUGCUAAAUUGCCUUUGAUUUUGGCUACGGAUGCUUCUCAAUAUGGUCUCGGAGCGGUACUCAUGCAUCGGUAUGAAGAUGGUACUGAACGUCCAAUCGCGCAUGCCUCGAAAACACUUACACCAAUAGAGAGAAAUUAUAGUCAAAAAUUUCAUCAAUAUUUGGCUGGUCGUACUUUUGAACUGAAUACUGAUCAUCGACCAUUAUUAACAAUCUUUAAUCCUACCAAACCAAUUCCAGUGGCAACUGCCAAUCGUCUACAACGCUGGGCAAUGUUUCUGAUGACAUACAGUUACAACAUAAAUUUCAAACCGACGCAUGCUCAUGCCAAUGCUGAUGCGCUAUCUCGUUUACCGGUUGCUGAUGAUAAUUCAUUCGAUGAUGUUGAGUCAACUCAAAUUCGAUAUAUUCAAACUGAGCUUACUCAACAAUGGCCAUUAGAUGCGGCGGAAAUCGCUUCAGCAACAGCAACCGAUAAAACACUUCGAACAGUCCAGCGAUUUGUUCGUACUCAAUGGCCUAAUUCAAAGCUGAAGGAUUCUGAUUUAACGCCAUAUUUUAAUCAUCGUUAUACAUUGUCAGAAAUCAGUGGCUGUUUACUAAGAGAUACUCAAGUAAUAAUUCCCAAAUGUCUACAAGAUCGAGUCUUAAAAAUGCUACAUCGCAAUCAUUUGGGUUCCGUGAAAAUGAAACAACUCGCUAGAUCAUAUUGCUGGUGGCCAAAGAUCGACAGGGACAUUAGUGAAGUUGCUAAAUCCUGUAAAAUUUGUUCACAGGUACAACCAAUUCCAAAACAGGAGUACCAAUCAUGGACAGAACCUGAGCGUGUGUGGUCUCGUGUUCAUAUGGAUUUUGCUGGACCAGUUUGGGGAUCCAAAUGGCUAAUUAUGGUUGAUGCUAAGUCUAAGUUUCCAAUUGUCACUGAUAUGGGUCAGAAUACCACAGCUGGAAAUUUAACUCAGGUACUUGAUCAAAUUAUUGAUUGGCUUGGACCUCCGGAAACUUUAGUAUCAGAUAAUGGUCCACCAUUCAACAGUCAUGAGAUGAAUCAAUUUUAUAAGAGAUAUGGUAUCAAUCAUACUACAACGGCAGCUUAUCAUCCAGCUAGUAAUGGUUUAGCGGAACGCUUCGUUCGUUCAUUUAAAGAAGCUAUGAUGAAGGAACAAUUGUCAGGACAAUCGAACAAACAGAUUGCACUACGGAAUUUUCUACGAACCUAUCGAUGGACACCACACACCUCCACUGGAAUGUGCCCGGCAAAUAUGAUGCUACAACAUUCAAUUAAAACAGAAUUUGAUUCAAUGAAACCAACUAAACCAACUGAACCAAAAAACAUGGCUAAAUUCACUGUGGGACAGUUGGUAUGGCGAUUGAAACAUAAUGUGAAAAAAGAAUCUCGAUGGCAACCAGGAAUUAUCACUAGACAAAUCAGUUCAAUAUUGUACGAGGUUCAAUCAUCAGAUGGACAGCGACAUAAACAUCAUCAGAAUCAAUUACGUCACCGUUAUUCAUCAAAUAGUAAUUCGUCUGAAACUGAUAGUCUUCCUGAUGAUUUAUUGGAAACGACCAGACCGACAACAACAACGACACCAACAGCUCAACCGUCUCAAUCACGAUCACCAAGAUAUCCACGUCGAAAUCAUCGACCACCAGAUCGUUAUAGACCGCCACAUUGA